CGUCCUCCGCCAUGUUUUUAGAUCUUCAGAGAGGUGUGUAGUUCUUAGAGGAGGGCUGGCUGCAGUUUUUCUUUUGUCCGACCACCUCUGCAAAAAUGCACCCCUCGCCACUAAUUUAUCACGUUUCCUCACGACCCAUAACACCUUCCGCUCCGUGAAUCUGUCAGAGCCGUCCAUGCCUGAGGGAAUUAACUGAAGAUUAACAUUAGCUCUUCAAAACAUCUCGGGAUGUUCUCUAAAAAACCUCAUGGAGAUGUCAAGAAAUCGACGCAGAAAGUGCUGGACCCUAAAAAGGACGUGCUGACAAGAUUAAAACACCUGAGAAUCGUUAUUGAAAAUGCAGAGCCGAAUGAACUCAGGCACCUUUUCGAACAGAAUUACUCGCACAUCUACUAUGUGUUCUUUGAAAACUUUGUCACCAUUGAGGUUAACCUGAAACAGAAAGGUCACAAGUCACAGCGAGAGGAACUUGAUUCUAUUCUGUUCAUUUUUGAGAAAAUCUUACAGCUGUUACCCGAGCGCAUACAAGGAAGAUGGCAGUUCCACAGCAUAGGUCUCAUUUUGAAGAAACUACUACACACUGGAAACUCCCUAAAGAUUCGAAGGGAAGGAGUGCGGCUGUUCCUGCUGUGGAUGCAGGCUCUACAACACAACGCUCUAAAAGAGCAGCUAUGGAUCUUUGCCUGUCUGAUUCCAGGAUUCCCAGCACCGCAGUCCGAGUUGGGCCCUCGGACCCUGGAUAAUCUCAUCAGUCCUCCGCUUAACCUUCAGGAGGGUCAAGUGACUCCAGAGGAGAUCAGCCCCCUGGUGCCACCCCAAUCCGGAGAUAAAUCCCAGGAGGAUCUAACUGGUUACUUCCUGGAGGCUCUUCUCAAAUACAUGGUAAACCAGGCCAAAAGUCUGGAGUGGAAAUGUAAGGAGAAUCACGAAAAGGGUUUCGCUUUCCUUUUCGCCAAUUUCAAAAAGUAUUACCUGCCCCAUAUCUUCCCCAACUUCUCAAAGGAGACCAGUUUGUACAAUCCUAUUCUGGACAUCCCGCCCAUGAGACCAAAGCCUUACUACGUAGUUGUAAAAAGAGACCCAGAGACCAAUGAAGCCCUUUACUGCACUAAAGAGAGCUUCCUCAAUGCCAGAGUCAUAUUAAUCCGUUGGCUGGUGUCCUUCUGGCUGGAGCCCAAGUCAAACACGGGAACACAGAUCCCUGGCAUGGAAGGAGAAAAUGUGCCUAAGAAUAUCCAGAGAGCGGCGGCAGGCUUAGCUGCCCGAGGAGAGGACGGAGGUCCGAGACAGGACUCUCUGGAUGGUGGAGGGCCUGGUGAGCCGGAGCAGUCGCAUUCCAACACCAGCACCCUCACCGAAAGAGAGCCCAGCACUUCCAGCCUCUGCAGCAUGGAUGAGGAGCAUCUCACCGACAUCGAGGUGGUCAGACGAGUUCUCUGCUCUUCCAGAACCAACGUCAACUUCAUUACAGAGAUCUUUCGACAGGCAUUUCUGCUGCCCAUGUGUGAAGCCGCAGCCAUGCGUAAAGUGGUACGGGUGUAUCAGGAGUGGAUCUCUCAGCAGGAUAAGCCUGUGUUUAUGAGAGAGCCAGAAGAAGACCGAUUCUCAGACCAGCUGGACUCCGUCCAUGAACGAGGAGCUGAUGAUGAGAAAGAGGAUAUGGGGCUGCCGGUAUCCGUUCACAACAGAAACUCUAAUUGGUGCAGGAGUAAAUCAUCUGACACUGAUAUGCUGGAGUACAAUGUUCAUGCUGGCGUUCAAGCUACACUACAGGUUUUCGUCACCAAUUCCUCUAAUGUCUUCCUCCUCGAGUCCGCCAAUGAGUUGAAGACUCUUCUGGAAGAACAUGUUGACAUGUGCAAGCGUGUGCUUAACAUAUACCGCAGUCUGGUCAUGCAUGAAACCAUGAACCAAAAGACCUGGGAGCAGAUUCUGUUGGUGUUGCUAAGGGUAGCUGAAUGUGUAAUGAAAAGGCCUCCGUCCAUCAUGCCUUUUGGGAAAAAGGCUAACACUUUAUCGGGCCGAUUGUCCGGGGCAAUUUUUCAGACUCUGAUUGUGGCCUGGAUCAAAGCCAAUCUGAACGUGUACAUCUCUCGUGAGCUGUGGGACGACCUGUUAUCUGUGCUCUCCUCUCUCACCUGCUGGGAGGAGCUGGUCACCGAAUGGUCCCUUACCAUGGAGACCCUUACAAAGGUGCUUGCACGAAAUCUUUACAACCUGGACCUGAACGAGCUGCCCUUGGACAAACUCAGCGAGCAGAAACAAAAGAAACACAAAGGCAAAGGUGGUGUCCAUGAGGGGCAUAAAAUUGCAGUGGAUCGCUCGUUCUCUAAAGGCUGGAGUCGAGAUCCGCCGGGCCAGGCAGCUGCAAUGAUGAGACAGCGCAGCGCCACUACUGCUGGAUCGCCAGGCAUAGAGAAGGCCAGAAACAUUGUCAGGCAGAAGACAGUGGCUCUGCGUAGUUGCUCUACGGGGGACAGUCUAUUGUCCUCGACCUUUAUCCGCAGUGCUAAAAGCGCACCUGUCCUGAUCCACCCCGUACACCCUCUCCUGCCUGAUUCUGUGCUCACUCCCCUAGCUGAUGAGCUGUCAGACUUGGAGGAACCUCCCAUGGCCCAGCGCGGGCCGCGGAUUCGCCACUGCUCUCAGAGCGAGGAGACUCCCUCGUCAGAAGUGUUUUCUGCAUCCGGCGACCUGGAGCAGCCCCCUCUCCCCCGCAGCAGCAGCACCUCUGACAUCAUGGAGCCCUUCAUCGCAGAGCGGGUCAAAGGUGCACUUCCUGUCUCUGACAGACCCUCUCACUCCACCCACUUUACCACCACCUCGGCCCAAACCGAGUCCCCUCACUUUACCCCGACCCCACUCCAACUUCCCGACAGCCAGGGAUCCUUAGAGCUGGGUGAAAGCAUCUAUGACCAUCUCUGCCAGAUGCCAGGGCAGGAACCCCCCUUUAUUCCUGAUUGGUCCUGUUCGGCUGUCGCUCCGGCCAGUCAGGUUGAAGGUGAGGGCGAGGAGGACGUCUUUAGUGCUUUCAGGGAGUUUUGUUGCAAGGAGAAUGCGGUAGGUGAAUUUGGGGUAUUCGAGGAGACGGGGGAGUCCGGUGCAGAUGGUAGGCAGGUGCAGUUUGGGGGAAGUGGGGAUUGGGCGCUGGAGUGGGAUAGGGAGAUGGAGCAGAGCGAAAAAAGUUUGUACGAGUGCUUAGAGCAGUGCAAUUCGGAUUUAAGCAUCACGCAGAAAGGUUGCGGCACGGCGGAGCCGCAGAUUAGUCUGCAACAGGCAGAGGGCAGCAAAGUCGCACAGUUACACAGGCAGGAUGCUACAGACAGGGUGAGUGAGAGUGAGCUUAGUCCACAGCCUUCCCAGAGGACCAAGCUGUCCAUUUCAGACCCCAAAAAGCGUCACAGCGGCGGGGUACACGUCAGCUUCCGCCCAUCCACAGAGUCUGUUCUGUUUCACAACCCCAUGGACCCCAAAGAGGCCCACUGGAAGACCCGACUUCGCCGUCUCGGCCACUUAGGCAGCCAUUCGGUUGGUGGGAGCGGGGCAGCGGCGAAGGUCAAAGAGAGCAUGGGGGAGGAAGUCGGCAGUUACGAAUCGGCGGAGCGGGAUAGAAACUCUGCCAGCGUGGCGAGGCGUGGCCGACUUGGCCGCCCAACUCUCCGCCCAAGAGGGUCCCGCUCUAGGUCUCAGGAGUCGGGUUGCAGUACCUCUCAGCAGCAGCAGGGGGCACUGUUGGGUGGGGUGUAUAAGUCAAUGGUCCAUGCUCUCUCCAAACCCAAGGCCCAGGCGGUGUCGCCUCAGCGCCACAGCAAAGGGCCCGCUACGGAGGCACCCCUGAAGGACCUGUAUGCUCACGUAAUGGGCUAUUUUGGAAGAAAACCAUCAGCCAAUAAAGAUGAGUUGACACCCAAGAUGAGACCCAUGCCCAACGACACUGGCAACAGCAACCCAAACGUCAGUGAUCUUAUGGAUGAGUUUAUUCAGGAGAGACUGAGAGCCCGAGGCAACUCUGGCAUGAUGAGGCGUGGCAGUAGCCCGGGCAGUUUGGAAAUCCCCAAAGAUCUACCAGAGCUCCUUAACCGGCAAAAUGCCACACGGCCUGCAGACGAUCCCGGUGUGCCCUCUGAGUGGACCUCGCCGGCCAGUGCUUGCGGCAGUGACCUCAUAAGCUCCGAUAGCCAAUCAGAUUCCUUCAAUGCGUUUCAGUAUGUCAACAAGUUUGAGAAUUUCAGCUUCCCACCCGAGACGUGCAAUCUGGGCUCUGUAGAUCAGGAUAGUUUGGGAGGAGCAGGGCAGACUGAGGAACCAGAACUAUCCAGCCUCACCACACCGCACAUAGAUUCAGAAAACAGCAGCCUCAGUCAGCACGCCCUAUCGGCUGACACCGUCACCAUUACAGGUUCAGAGAGCGCAUCUCCCAUGCACUCGUUGGGAGGUUCUCGAUCGCAGACGCCAUCCCCGGCCACGCUGACAUCUGAUAACGUUCAGCAUAAAGACCUGCAGCUGGAUGAGAAAAUGCAUCACUCUGUCCUGCAAACCCCAGAUGAUCUCGAAACCAGCGAGUUUCCGACAGAGGACGGCAGCGUGAUGGCCGGAGGUACUUUGACGGGCUGGCACGCCGAUGUCGCCACUGUGAUGUGGAGGAGAAUGCUAGGCAUUCUGGGAGACGUCAACUCCAUCAAGGACCCUGAAAUCCACGCACAGGUCUUUGACUACCUCUGCGAACUCUGGCAGAACUUGGCCAAGAUCAGAGACAAUCUCGGGAUCUCCCUUGACAACCAGUCGUCUCCACCCCCGCCAGAUCUGAUUCCACCUCUGCGUAUUCUGACUCCGUGGCUUUUCAAAGCCACUAUGCUAGGCGAACGCUAUAAGCAAGGAAAACUCCACGCUUAUAAGCUCAUCUGCAAGAUCAUGAAACGAAGACAGGAUGUUUCUCCAAACUCUGACUUUCUUACGCACUUCUACAACAUCAUGCACAGUGGCCUUCUUCACCAAGACCAGGACAUUGUGAACACCAUCAUCAAGCAUUGUUCUCCACGCUUCUUCUCUAUUGGUCUUCCUGGAGCCACGAUGCUCAUCCUGGACUUCAUCGUGGCAGCGAGCCGCGUGACCGCUUGCUCUUCCCUCAAUGCUCCACGGGUGGAGGCUCAGAUUUUGUUGGGAUCCCUUGUGUGUCUCCCAAACCUGUACAAAGAACUUCCUGCCCUGCACCCCACAACGGCUGACAUCGUCAUGACUAAAUUUACAGAUGUCAAGGAGCACAUAAUCAAACACAUCUUAACCUCUGCCAGAGAUGAACCUUCUGCACCAGCAAGAUGUGUGGCUCUCUGUAGUCUGGGGAUUUGGCUUUGUGAAGAGCUGGUUCAUGGCACUCAACAUCCACAAAUCAAAGAAGCACUUAAUGUCAUCUGUGUCACUCUCAAGUUCUCGAAUAAAACCGUCGCCCUGGUGGCCUCGGAUAUCCUGCACCUGCUCAUAAACUACGUGGAUGAUCUGCAGAAGUUCCCACCCAACACUCCAAAGAAAAUUGUGGAGGUCCUUAUUGCAACCAUCACCUACCUUCUGCCGGCCACAGAGUCCUCCCCUCAUGAGCUAGACAAGAGGCUGGUUGUUUCUCUGCUGCUGUGCUUGCUGGACUGGGUGAUGGCUCUACCUCCAAAAACUCUGCUGCAGCAGGUUGAAAAAGCCUCAGAUAAGGAGAAAACCGACAAGUCUGUUUUGAGCUGCAUCUAUAAGGUCCUCCAUGGUUGUGUAUAUGGGGCUCAGAGCUUCAGUAACGCCAAUUACUUCCCCAUUCACCUGUCAGACUUGAGUAGCCCAGACUAUGACCCUUUCCUACAACUGGAGAGCUUGAAGGAACCAGAGCCUCUCCACUCGCCCGACUCUGAACGCUCCUCCAAACUGCAACCCGUCACUGAAGUGAGAAACCGAAUUCAGCAAGGUCUGAUCUCAGUUGCAGCACGCACAGUCAUAUCUCACCUGGUAAACCACUUAGGUCACUAUCCAAUGAGUGGUGGGCCGGCCACUCUGACAAGCCAGGUCUGCGAGAACCAGGAUAAUCCAUACAGCGAGAGCACAGACCUGACCCCCGAACUGUUUGACGCACCCAACUUGCAAUUCUUUGUGCUUAAUGGAACCACACUGCUGUCCUACCUUCAGAUCCGGGCGGAGGGUGGCCUGCCCGGAGGCGGUAUGUCGGCUGGCCUCACCACCACCAAUGCCUGUGUACGUGUGAUUGUGAGGGACAUUUCUGGAAAACACUCCUGGGACUCAGCUGUACUGUAUGGCCCACCACAUUGCAUCAGUCCUAGUCAACCUUUGCACCUUUAUACAUCCUCCAAUGCAGCAGGAGGAGAACGUGGCUGUGAUGAGGACAGUCUAGAAAGAGGCAGUCAAGAAGAUCAAGAGAAUGGAGCGUUUCACGAGAAUGAGGAGAACCUGGAGGAGGAUGAAGAGGAGGUGAAAGAGGACAUGGAGGAGAAAGAUCUUGAGGAACAGGACGAAGAUGCAGGAUUGGAACUCAUGGCCCCGCAGGCGAAACGGCAGUGCCGUGAGGUUGUGCCAAGCUGGGACUCCCUGCAGGAUGGUGAAGACGCCCUUGACGAGAUGCUGCAGUACCUGGGAUACUCCAGCCCAGAGUGCCUGCAGCGUACCAGCGCACCGCUCAAUAUCCCAGCCCCGCAACCCACAUGCGUGUCCGAGAAGCAGGAGAACGAUGUCAUCAAUGCCGUCCUGAAGCAAUGUGCCGAAGAGCGGGACUUCACGCUGCAUCGUGGCAAUGAUCUGAACAUGAGAGCAGCGGUACAACAAGAGCCAAACCCACAGAGACCCCAGUCCGCCUUUUACUACUGCAAACUGCUCCUUAAUAUACUGGGCAUGAACUCCUGGGAAAAGAGGAACAGUUUUCACCUGCUGAAGAAAAACGAAAAACUACUGAGAGAGCUGAAGAAUCUGGAUUCCAGACAGUGUCGUGAAACGCACAAGAUUGCAGUAUUUUAUGUGGCAGAAGGCCAAGAAGACAAGCACUCCAUUUUGUCCAACACAGCUGGAAGUCAGGCGUACGAGGACUUUGUGUCAGGCCUGGGUUGGGAGGUGAACCUCACUAGUCACUGUGGAUUCAUGGGUGGCCUUCAGCGUAACAAAAGUACAGGUUUGACCAUGCCCUACUUUGCCACUUCUACAGUAGAGGCGAUGUUUCACGUCUCCACGCGCAUGCCCCCAGAUUCAGACGACUCGCUUACUAAAAAGUUACGACACCUGGGCAACGAUGAAGUGCACAUUGUGUGGUCAGAGCACUCACGGGACUACAGGAGGGGCAUCAUUCCUACUGAGUUUGGAGAUGUGCUGAUCAUCAUCUACCCCAUGAAGAACCACAUGUACAGCAUCCAAAUUAUCAAGAAGCCCGAGGUGCCAUUUUUUGGUCCCCUGUUUGAUGGAGCUAUAGUGGAUGAAAAGAUCUUACCCACAGUCGUACGAGCCACGGCCAUCAACGCCAGCAGAGCUUUAAAAUCCUUGAUUCCUCUCUACCAAAAUUUUUAUGAAGAAAGAGCGAGGUAUUUGGAAACGAUAGUCAAGCACCACUCCGAACCCACAACGUUUGAGGACUACGCGGCCCGUGUUUUUUGCCCCGCGCCUUUCAACUAUCUCCCUUCUGAAGCAGGCUCAUGCAUCGAGAGUCAACCGGUCGAAAAUCCAGCAAUGCAGAUAGACGGGGGAGAUUUAGCCUCGCCAAUGUCGCCUCGUGCUAGCAAGAGCCGCAUGUCCAUGAAGCUACGCCGUUCUUCCGGUUCUGCCAACAAGACUUGAGCCUUUCCUUAACUCUAAGCCGUUCCCUUUCACUCCAUGACUCCGCCCAUUGCAGGGUCAGAUACAAGCCACGCCCCCAUUCUAUCGACUCCUCCCACACAUGACUGAGAGCCAGAAGGAUCAAAGACAGAUUUGCAGUUGUUAAUGUACGGUGGGGAAAAAGAGGGUGGAUAUUGCUUGUUUUACUUCGUCUGCUGUCUAUUGAGCUGCCCGAUACUUGGAGUGCCAGUAAAAUGAGAACAAAUUAAAAGUUAAUAAAUUAUAACGUCGCCAAAAGCAUAACUUUUUAUAUUUGUACAAAAGACUCUAGGGCGCUGAGGUUGUCUUUAUAUGCUGAAAAUUUGAUGGUUAUGGCUGGAGACGAUUUUUGUCAUGCGGAUGUACAUUUAAACUCGAGCACUUCUGGCUGUUACAUUUACUUUAUAAUUUGUUUCACUCCUAAUGUGGAACGGGUUUUUAUGUAACAUUCACACUCGACGGUUUAUUUUUGUUUUGUACGUUUGCCAUUUUUCUUUAUGGAUCACACGUUAUUAUGGUUGUAAAUCACUUGAUUUGAAUGAUACUGAUUGUUUUUAUCGGUGAUGUUAUACCGGAUCGCCCCAUUUGUAACGGUUAUUUGUGUGUAUAUAUCUAUAAAUAUAAAAUAUAUACAUAUUUAAUGUAUGUGUAUAGUGUAUGAACAGUAUCUGAUCUGUGUACAUAUUUAACAGUAUUUAAAUCAACCAAAAAAAGGGUCAUUAAAACUCAAGCCACAUAGAUCAUACAGGAAUAGUCUCUACAGCUUGAAUGUUUGUAUGGCUUAGCCCUGCUAUAGUAUUGUUCAAAUUUCUGUCAUAAAUCCUUUGUUUGAUUCAUCUUGGCUGAAAUGUUGUUUAAGAAAAAGAAAAAGUUUAACUUGAGUUGCCAGGUCUUUAAAGGGAAUGGGCAAUGUUGCCAAAUUGAGCGGAAGUGCACAUUGGUCUCCGUUGAGAUUUCACUCUUGCUAAUGAAGAGAUUAAAUGUAACCUGAAAGUGCACGAUGACAUCUCCGACACACAACUUAUAUUGAAGGCACUCAAUGUUUAUCACAAAGUUUCUUUUUGAACAUUUAAUAGAUUAAAUGCCAUAGAGUACGGAUGCAAGAGGUAAGGUUAAUUCACACUUGUAUAUUUUCCAGGCAUAAAUGUUAUGAAGUUUUUUUAAUGUUUUGUUUUUUAUUUAGAAGUUUAUUUGAUAUUUGUUCAUGUUCAUACAAUUAUGCGUUUGAAAUCGUGCAGCACUCCUGGAUUCAAACUAUCACAUGUAUAUUAAAGCCCCGCACACAUGUGUCUGCCAUGUGCGUCAUUUUAAGGAAGAAACUAUCGUGGGUAGAUUUUAUGUAUGUUACUACUGAACAAAUGCUGCAUGAUACCAGUAAUAACUGCAUGUGUUGAUAUAACAGCUGCACAACACACACGCACGCAUACAGAAAUCCACAAUAAUGUCAUGCGGUAGGAUCUACACAUUUGUAUCAGAUGUUGACGAAAGAGUGUGGAUGUGCAAUUACACUUAAGAAUAAAAUGAUUCUUACAACA